AUUUCAAUUUUUGAGAGCGAAAAAUCUGAUCGAUUGAGAGAGAAAUCACUAUGGUUGAUGCAGCUCUAAUAAACGGUUUGCUUUCAAACUUGGUACCUCUAAUUAAGGAUGAGUUCUCGUUGUUUUGGAGAUUUGAGAAUGAGUUUCAAAAGCUAUCGAGCACACUAUCUUCAAUUAGUGCCUUACUUGAGGAUGCUGAGAGAAAGAACAUACGGGAGAAGGACAAACAAACGGAAGAUUGGUUGCGGAAACUCAAACAUGUGGCAUAUGAGGCUCGAGACAUCAUGGAUGAGUGCACCUUUGAAGAUCUUCGUCUUCAAGUAAAAAGGCGUAAUGCCUCCUCUUCAACCCGGAUUCAGGUAACCAACUUUAUCACCCAUCCUUUUAGCAAUACUAAGAUGCGUCUCAAAAUUGGUCACAAAAUUAAAGAUGUUCAAGAGAAGUUAGACCAAAUUUCUUCCGAGCGCCAAAAGUUACAUUUGCGUGAAUCUAUUCAUGACUCAAAAAUAGACAAAUUUACUAGUAAUUGGCGUGAAACCAUGUCUCUUUCUAGUAGUAAAGUAUAUGGGAGAGAUAAGGAGAAGAAACAGAUUAUUGAUAUUCUACUCAAUAAUAAUACAUCUAGUACUAUUAAUGUUUCUAAGGAACUAUCUGUUCUUCCCAUUGUUGGAAUUGGGGGUCUUGGUAAAACAACACUUGCCCAAAUGGUUUUCAAUGACGAGAAGGUUUCUAAGCAUUUUGAUCCCAAAAUUUGGGUUUGUGUUUCUGAUGAAUUUAAUAUUAAGUUGGUGAUCAAAUCCAUCUUAGAAGAAAAGGGAGAACCUUGCUUAGAAGAAUUGCAGAAAAAAAAAUUGAGUGGGAAAAAAUAUUUGAUUGUAUUGGAUGAUGUGUGGAACGAAGAUGAAGAGGCAUGGGCUCAGCUGAGAUCUGUAUUAGAUUGUGGAUCAAAUGGUGCUUUUAUCCUUACCACGACACGUAAAAGAAAUGUGGCAAGAAUUAUGAAAACGAUUACACAUUUUGAGUUAUUGUCCCUCUCUGACGAUGAUUGUUGGCUAUUAUUUGAACAACGUUCAUUCAUGCCUGAAACACCAAAACCUCCAAAGUUGAUUGAUAUUGGAAAAGAAAUAGCUAAAAAAUGUAAGGGUGUUCCUUUAGUUGCCAAGACAUUGGCAAGUCAAUUGGGGUUCACAAGUGACGAAAAGGAAUGGCGCAGAAUAAGAGAUAGCGAGAUAUGGGAGAUUUCACAAAAUGAAAAAUCAAUUUUGUCUAUUCUAAGGUUGAGUUACUAUGACCUUUCUUAUCAUUUGAGAAGAUGUUUUGUGUUUUGUGCUGUAUUUCCCAAGGAUACUGUAAUUGAAAAGGAGAGAUUAAUUCAAUUGUGGAUGGCCCAUGGUUUAAUUCCUGCAGUUAAAAACCAAGAAGUGGAAGAUGUUGGGAAUACAAUUUGGAAGGAGUUGUGUUGGAGAUCUUUUUUUCAAGACGAGAAAUCAGAUCGGUAUGAAAUUUAUGAAACAUGUAAGAUGCAUGACCUUAUGCACGAUCUUACCCAAUCAGUUAUGAAAGAUGAAUGUUAUAUGAUGAAUGCUAAUAGUUCAAGUGAUGGUUUAGGACGUAAAAUUCGUCAUCUAACAGUACUUGUUGAUAAGUUAUUCAAAACCUCAGUUCGUUCUUUUAAAGAAACUGGAGGAUUGCAAUCAAUAAUUCUCAUUGGCAAAUAUUAUGAUCCAUGUGUCACAAAGGAGAUCUUUAGUGUCGGGAAAGGAUUCCCGUAUUUACGUGUCCUUGAAUUAAAAGGCCAUGUGCAAUAUGAAUAUUUGAGUUAUGGAAAAUGUCUCAAACAUCUUAAAUAUUUGGACAUUUCCAAUAGUUGGAUAACAACCUUGCCUAAUAGUAUUUGUAAUCUCUUAAACUUACAGACUCUGAAACUCAAUAAUUGUUCUGAGCUUCAAAGUUUGCCUAGAAAUAUGAGAGACCUUAUUAACCUACGUCAUCUUUAUUUGGAGGAUUGUGAUGGACUAAAAUAUAUGCCUAGAGGGAUGGGACAAUUGAAACAUCUCAAGACGUUAAGCUUGUUUGUGAUAGGCAACAAGAAAAGAGAUGGCCAACUAGAUGAAAUAAAAGAAUUGGAUAUCCGCGGAACAUUGAAAAUUAAGAACCUUGAAAGAGUUAGCGAUGCAUCUAUUACAAGAGGGAUAAGUAUGGCUAAAAAGUCGAAUAUCAAUGAGUUGGAGUUGAUAUGGCACUAUGAAUAUGAUGAUAAUCAGACUAAGAGUAAUAGACAUGAGAAAAUAGGUGAAGCUCUAGAGGUUUCAACUGAGAGUCUGAAGAAAUUGAGAAUGAGUGGUUACAAAGGUGUGAAUCCCCCUAAAUGGGUGGGAAUGUCAUCUCCUUUUCCAUUCCCUUUGCUAGAGGAACUUACUAUUGGUAACAUGGGGAAUUUGAGGGAAUUGGUGUCUCUUAGUCCAGGAGCAUUCCCUAAUCUAUGCAAGCUGAAUAUAUCUUCUUGCCCAAACCUAGGGGCAUUACCACCGCAUCUCGCAGCACUCAAACAAGUAAGAGUGUUUGGUGAAUGUUCGGAUGAAUUGUUACAUAGCAUCUCAAAUCUUAGUGUUCUCACGCAUCUCUAUGUUGAUUAUAUCAAUAAAAGAAGUGUUUUAUUUCCAUCAUCGUCAACACUUGCGGACAAUAAUAAUGAAGCACAAUUAGGAGUACGUUCAACUUUCCAAACUCUUCAAUGUCUCCAUAUUGUGCAUUGCCGCAAGUUAAGGCGUUUGUUUGAUGAGGGAAUGAAAGAGACAUUAAAGAUUAGUGGCUGCGAGAACCAACAAGGACUCAUGAACUCUCUCACGGAAUUGCGUAUUUUGAAUUGUCCGGAGUUGAUGAUAUCAGUUGAGGAAUUUGAAAACUUCAAUAUUAAUAAUUCACUACAGAGAUUGUGGAUUACUGAUUGUCCUAAGUUGGUGUCUUCAGAAGAAGUGGACGAUGUUAUGACACUCCUACGUUCCCUUCGAACCAGACUUGGUCGCGAGAAGUUCACAGUAGAUAUUCUAUUGGAUGUGAAAGAGGAGGAACAGAGCAUAGUGGCCAUAUAAGCAAAUUUGGAAGAAAAUUCAGGCAUCUUCUGCUUAUAGAAAGUGGGUAAGUUAUUUACAAUGUUAUAUAUAAUCAAUUCUAUCUAUUGAUCAAAAGAUGUUUAUUGAGAACUUUCUUUUGGAUUGUUAUUAUGAUGGAUUUGAUUGAUUUAUGAUUGAUUGAAAUAAAU